UGUGUGUGUGUGUGUGUGUGAAGGGGGGAGGGAUGAAUGGCUCACUUCCUUCCUUACCUCCAUCUGGAUACAAGCAACAGCAGGAUAAAGGAAAGCAUGUUAAUUUAAUAGAAAAAGGAAAAGAAAGUGAGAGAAAGUCGAGUGCUGCUGGACUCUCAACGACUGACAGCAAUUCUUCUAAGGAGCCGAGUUUUUUUUUUACGGGAAAUCAUGCAUGUCUUAGAACUUUCCAGACAAGUCAUGACUUGUAGACUGAAUCUGUACAAAUAAAGUGAACCUGUCAUGAAACUCAGCCACAACUGUCACAGUCAGACAUGUACGACUAUCUCCUGGUUGCCAUCAGCUGUCUCUGCUUUCUUCCUUCUGGUUUCCAUGCUGAAAACUGCAGUGAGACUGUUCUGGCAAGACGUGAGACAUUUCAUGCACCAGUAGGGGACAGUCUGUCCCUGUCCUGUGUGGUCCAGCACUGUGGAGACGCCUGGACAGGGGAGUGGAUGUGGAGAAAUUCAACAGAUAAUGAGUUAAGAGCCAUCAUGGAGGAUGCCAGGCACCAGAUUACCAAUGUGACUCUCUCAGGCAAUCAGACCCAAAUGCGUCUGAAGUUUCUGAGCGUCAAUGAGUUAGAUGAAGGUUCCUAUGCGUGCAAGGUUACAUGGGAUCGAGGGGGAAGUGCUCAGGGGCAUUGGACGUACCUGAACAUCACUGCAGCUGACCCGUUUCAAAGGACUGUGUAUCACAGGAUUUUUAUCUGUGCCGGAGCUUUUAUCUGUCUUCCCAUCAUUCUGGUAUUGGCUCGUUGUCUGAGUCCAGAGCAUAAGCCUCAGCCACUUCCCAGGACGCGUUUCACAGCUACAUACAGAGCACAAUCACACCUUGCUCCGCAGCCCCCACCUCGAUGCCCGGUACCACAGAAACGUAGCACUUCCUCCCACAAAGCUCCUCCCAAGUCCCAGCAGAAGACUGAGGUGGUGUAUGCAGACAUUUCCAAGGCUGCACUGGACCAACAGCAAGCCAUCAGAGAGCCUGCCCAGUCCACUGUCUACUCAUCGCUCAGGUUUUCUCAAUAAAGCAAAGUGGAGGAGAAAAGAA